AGCUAGGAACAGACAUCUGACUUGGAGCUCGCGCACUGGGCUCUUCAGAGAGGGACCAGGCAGAGGUUCGGCACGCAGGGCGUUAGCGGGCUGGGUGUCGCCGAGGAACCCCUACGCGUGUUCUCGAAGGCUAGAGUCCCACCCAGGACAGCCCGCCCCCGCGAAAGGGCGCCAGCGCCGGGCCCAGCCAGCCUUGGGACGGAUGACAGGAGCAUUGUGAGCCUUGAGGCCCAUUUGUAGAUUGACCGAACCAGAAGUAACCAGUUCGGAGAGUGACCUGUCCAAAGCGAGGCCGGGCGAGGGUGAUCUGUACAGAAGAGGGGCUGUCGGUGCCGCGGGACCCCGGGACUGCCAGCAGUGGGGCGGGCGAGCCGGGCCCAUGGCGGAGCCGGGGCUGCCGCUGGUGGCUCGGCUCAGCUACUCAGUGGGUCACUUCCUGAACGACCUGUGCGCCUCCAUGUGGUUCACCUACCUGCUGCUGUACCUGCACUCUGUGCAGGGCUACAGCUCUGAGGGCGCGGGCAUCCUGCUGCUGCUGGGCCAGCUGGCUGAUGGCGUGUGCACACCCCUCGUAGGCUACGAGGCUGACCACUCCGGAGGCUGCUGUGGGCGUUACGGUCCCAGAAAGUCCUGGCACCUGGUCGGUACCAUUUGUGUCCUGCUCUCCUUUCCUUUCAUCUUUAACCCCUGCCUGGGUUGCACAGCCUCCACCGCAGAGUGGGCCGCCCUCAUCUACUAUGCACCUUUCAUUGUGAUCUUCCAGUUUGGCUGGGCAGCCACCCAGAUCUCCCACUUGUCUCUAAUCCCCGAGCUGGUCACCAAUGACCAUGAGAAGGUAGAACUCACCGCCUUCAGGUAUGCCUUCACUGUUGUAGCCAACAUAGCUGUGUAUGGGGCUGCCUGGCUGCUUCUCCAUUUCCAGGGCUCCCACUCCGAGAGCCCUGAUUCGGGCGCCGGUGACCAGCUCGGCCUACAGGACGUGCCGGUGUUUAGGAACCUCUCCCUGAUGGUCGUCUGCGUCGGUGCCGUCUUCUCCCUGCUCUUCCACCUGGGCACCCGAGAGAAGCGGCGGCCUGGGCCCGAGGAGCCCAGCGAGCACAGCCCGCUGCUCCCGCCUGCCGCCCAGCCGCGGCUCCUCUGGAAACACUGGCUCCGGGAGCCCUCCUUUUACCAGGUGGGCCUGCUGUACAUGAGCACGCGGCUCAUCGUGAACCUGUCGCAGACGUACAUGGCCAUGUACCUGACGUACUCCCUGAGUCUGCCCAAGAAGUUCAUUGCCACCAUUCCCCUCGUGAUGUACGUCAGCGGCUUCUUCUCCUCUUUCUUCAUGAAGCCUGUGAACAAGUGCAUCGGUCGAAAUCUGACCUACUUCGUGGGCCUCUUGGUCAUCCUGGCCUUCGCCGCGUGGGUGGCUCUGGCCAGCUUGCUGGGCCCGGCCGUGUACGGAGCGGCUGUCCUCCUGGGUAUAGGCUCGGCCACCAUCCUGGUCAUGUCUCUGUCCAUGACGGCCGACCUCAUCGGCAGCCACACGAACAGCGGGGCCUUUGUGUACGGGGCCAUGAGCUUCACAGACAAGGUGGCCAACGGGCUGGCGGUGAUGGCCAUCCAGAGCCUGUACCCCUGCGCCUCAGACCUGUGCUGCGAGGCCUGCAUGGGCUUCUACCACUGGGUCAUGGUGGCCGUGACGGGCGGCGUGGGCGUGGCGGCCGCCCUCUGUCUCUGCAGCAUCUUCCUGUGGCCCAUCCAAGUCCGCUUCUAUGACACCACGGUGGCUGGCCCAGCUGAAGUUGCCACUCAGCCAAACUCAGGGGUCUUCCAGGAUAUCACAGUCAAUUGAACACUUGGCGUUAUCUCAGGCAUCUGCACACGGACUCUCCUCUCCCCCUCUGGACACUAGGACUCCGAGCCCAGAGUCUGCUUGGAAUCCCCCCUCCCCCCCCCAGCUGGUCUGGGGGCCUUGGUCUGUCUCUCCGGCCCGGGAUCUCCGGGCUGGUAGCUGUUUACAAAGAAUGUUGGACUGAUGAAUAAAAGCCCCACCAAGGAUGUGGGAAUUCUACCCUUGGGCCUGGCUUGCGCACUUGCAGGGGCUGGAGGGUGAGCGGGAGAGAGUGAUGGAGAUUCAAGGCAUUGGAUGCCGUCCCUCAGCUUCUGGGGAUCGCUGGCUGUGGCACGGCUAGGACACACAGAUCAGGAGCUAGACCCAGAAGGGAAGGAGGAGCAAAGUCUCUUGUCCUUUGUCUCUUCCACUUUUUUUUUAACUCUUACCUUACAUCUUAGAAUCAAUAUUAAAUAUCUAUUCCGAGGCAG